GCUGCGUCACUUCCCGUGCGGGCCGCGGCGCAGAGAAGAUGGCGGCGCUGGGCGAGCCGGUGCGCCUGGAGCGAGACAUCUGCAGAGCAAUUGAGCUGCUGGAAAAAUUACAGAGAAGUGGUGAAGUGCCACCACAAAAGCUACAGGCAUUGCAAAAAGUCCUUCAAAGUGAAUUCUGUAAUGCUGUAAGGGAGGUGUAUGAACAUGUUUACGAAACUGUGGAUAUCAGCAGCAGCCCAGAAGUGAGAGCUAAUGCGACAGCAAAGGCCACUGUAGCUGCAUUUGCAGCUAGCGAAGGUCAUUCCCAUCCCAGAGUGGUUGAACUACCCAAAACAGAAGAAGGUCUUGGAUUUAACAUUAUGGGAGGCAAAGAACAAAAUUCUCCGAUCUACAUCUCCCGGAUUAUCCCUGGUGGUAUAGCUGAUAGGCACGGAGGCCUGAAACGUGGAGACCAGCUGCUUUCUGUGAAUGGAGUGAGCGUUGAAGGUGAACACCACGAGAAAGCAGUAGAGCUGCUGAAGGCUGCUCAAGGCAAGGUUAAAUUAGUGGUGAGAUACACACCGAAGGUCCUGGAAGAAAUGGAGUCAAGAUUUGAAAAAAUGAGAUCAGCGAAACGCAGGCAGCAGAACUAACACUGCCCGCAGGAAGCGUGAGAGAAACUGUCUUCCCUGGACCUUUGAGAGGAGGCUUUGUGACUCAGUUGAUCCAGUGCCUGGACUACAAAAGACCUUUUCAGAGAAUCGUGGGAUGAUUGAGGUUGGAGGCACUCCUGGAGUUCCUCCAGUCCAACCCCCGUGCCCCCAGGAGGUUUAGCUAGUGAAGGUUGCUCAGGACUGUGACAGGCUGCUUUUGAGACUCCAGAUGAUCUCUGAGCAACCUCUUCUGGCCUUCCGAUCUCCUUCACACUACAAAGGGCCAUUUUUGUACUGAAGUGGAGCGUCCUGUAUCUCCACUUGUGCCCACUGCCUCUUGUCCACUCACUGGAUGCUACUGAGAAGAGUCUGGCCCUUGUGUUACUCUUCCUUGUCAGGCUUUGACACACGUUGGUAAGAUCACCCCUCAAGUUUCUCUUCUUCAGGCUAGACAAUCCCAGUUCUCUCAGCUUCUCCUUAUCUGUCAGGUGCUUCAAUCACUUAAUCACCUUUGUCACCCUUCACUGGACAUGCUGUGCUCUGCCCAUGGCUAUACUGAACGGGGGAAUCCCAAACUGUACCCAGCACGUGAGUUGUGUCUCACUGGGGCUGAGCAGAGAGGAAGAAUCAUCCCCCUUAACUUUCUGGCUCUUCCUUAUACAGUUCAGGAGACUGCUGGGCUCCUUUACCACAAGGGCACGCAGUGUCUCAUGGUCAUGUGGUAUCGUUCUCUGCAAGGCUUUGUUUUGGCUGGUCAACCCCCCAAUCUAUACUGGUGCUUGGGGUGAUUCCUCCCCAGGUGUAGGUCUCUGCACUUACUCAAUUUUGAACUUUGGGAGAUUCGUGUUUACCAUUCUGCAACCUGCUGAAGUCCCUCUGAAGGGCCUGCUGAGAGCGUGCUCUGUCUCAUCACCCAUGUUGUUAAUGAAAGCAAUGAAUUAAUUAAACAGACCCCUGGGGUGAGUUCAGCAGUGCUUUGUGCCACUGAUCACAACAACAACCCUCGGCACUUCAGCCUUUCUGAGAAUGUUUUCAGUCUCCACACGUUUCACAGUUAAAAAGGAAUGUGUACUUUGAAAACGGCCUCAGAUACCCUGGAUAAGCAUCGGUGUUGGGAUUCCUAUUGAUCCUAUUUUAAUCAGUCUUUUUCAUGUCAGACCUUUAAGCAGGAAAAUACACUUGCAGAUUCUUCUCAAAGACAAAAGCAUACCUAUACAACUGGCAUCCCUUUUUUCCUGCUCUCUUUUGGCAUUACUUAACAUAGAAUCUGCAGGUUUUUUGCUGAAUGAUUUUUUCUGGGGGGGGGGAGAGGGUGGGAAAGAUUCUUAUGUAGCAUUUUUUUGGCACUUUUAUUGUGUAUCAACUACAAAACCUAAUCAUAAUCUACUUUGUAGCUGAUAAUGAUACCACCUUUUGUAGUGUUUUGGUGAGUAUGUUGUUUUUACACUUCUGCUAAAUUGUAAUUGGUUACUCUGGAGAUUGUAUUACCUCACCUGUAAAUAAGUUACAGUUGGUGUUCUCCUAGAAUGGUUUUCUAAUAGCCAGCAUUUACAAAUUUGCAACAAUCAUUCCUCUAACUUAUAUUAUUUUGUACUAAUUUUAAAGCAGUGGAAGGGGGGGGGAAAUGUAAUUGUGUAUGCAACUCUGGAUUGACUCCCUAGAUGUAUUUUUAUAA